AUGGAGGUGUUAAAGAGUUAUGGAUUUUCGGAUUGGUGGGUAGGUCUGAUUUCGGAAUGCAUCACAACGGUUUCUUAUAAAGCCCUUAUUAAUGGUAGAACAACAAAGGGGUUCAAACCUAAGUGUGGUCUUCGUCAAGGAGAUCCUCUAUCCCCCUAUUUGUUCUUGUUUUGUAUGGAUAUACUCUCGCAUAUGCUUCUGCUGGGGGUGAAUAUUGGGCUUUUCAAAGGGAUUAAAGUUUGUAGGCGAGCACCCUCGAUCAAUCAUUUGUUCUUCGCUGAUGAUUCCAUGUUAUUCUUUAGGGCAAAUGAGGAUUCAUGCAUUAAUUUAAUGAAAAUAAUCAAUGACUUUGGGAGUAUCUCAGGUCAGCGUUUGAAUGAAAGGAGAUCCCACGUUAAAUUCUCGAUUCAUACGAAGGAGGAUCAGAAGAGGAAGCUUAGAAAUGUUUUAGCAGUAGGGGAGCCGACAAAGGUUAUUCUGAUUCAAUCGGUCCUACUCAGUGUUGCUUCUCAUGUGAUGAGAUGUUUAAAGGUUCCUGCAUCGGUGACAAAUAAAAUAGAUUCUCUUGUUACUAGAUUAUUCUGGGCAGGUAAGGGUGAGAAAGGAAUGCACUGGGUAGGGCGUGGAACUGUUCAACGGCCAAAAAAGGAGGGUGGUUUGGGUGUUAGAGCUGCAGCUUUGUUGAAUGAUGCUAUGUUGUUUAAACAAGUGAAACGCUUGAUGAGUAACCCACAAUUGUUAGCUACAAAGGUAAUCUCCAGUUUUGAUGGCCAGGGGAAUAAUAUUUUGGGUAGUAAAGAGGGAAACGGGGUUGGGGUCUCUUGGGGAAGGAAGGGACUUUAUCAAGCCCAAGGAAAGUUCGGGGGAGGUAUGGCGUGGAAUAUAGGUAGGGGUACUAAAGUGUUAGAUACUAGUAUGGCUUGGGUGGGAGGUAAGGUCCCUGAGAAUCGUUCGAAUCAACCAAUAGGACCCUCAUCGAAAUGGCGAGUUACUGAAUUCAUAGAUAGGGAGUCGUCUUCUUGGAAGCCAGAUUUGGUUCGACAAAGGUUUGUUUGGAAAGAUGCUUGGUCCAUUUUGGUUAUGGAAAUCCCGAGAGGGGAAGUGAAGGAUUUCAGAUAUUGGAACUACACCAAAUUAGGUAGAUUUUCGGUAAGCUCAGGAUAUGAGUUUUUAUUUAAUAAGUACGCGGAGGACACAGGGGUUCUAGAUGAUCAUGACUUACUAGUUCUUCGAUUGGUCUGGAAGAUGAACAUUUUACCUAAAUGGAAGUAUUUUGUGUGGAAUUUUUUUUAUGAUGGCCUUGCAGUGAAGGUCAACUUGGCGAGGAGGGGUUUCAAUUGUGAGACUGUAUGUAGCUACUGUGGCUUACGAGAGGAAGAUUUACAACAUGUUUUGAGGUUUUGCUCGGUGGCACACUUGAGUUGGAUGUCUAGUUCGCUUCGAAUUGAUCCUUUAGAAAAUGAAUCGUGGCCAUUAAAAGAAUGGGUACGUAGCUAUAUCCUGCUUUAUCAUAGCGAGGAUGGGUGGAACGGGGGACGUGUUCAAAGCUUUAUUGCUUUGCUUUUGAGUUUGUGGAAAACGAGGAAUGCAAGAAUCUUUAGAGGGGAGGGGGGACAUCCGGGUGCGGUGUUGACUGCGAUGGAAAGUUAUUUACAGGAAGUGAGUACCUUUACAGCACGCAAUGAUGAGUUGUCAAUUGACGGGCCAAAGGAACCCCCGGGUUACAAUAUGGUGCACAUUGGCCGAGAAAAGGAGUUCCAUAACGACUUCGUUGUACAGAAGCCUGGGAAGGCAGGAUGGGGAAUGACAGUCUCUACUAACCGCUCGUUAGCAGAGGAGGAGUCGGCAGGUCAACAUGGUCGAGCAGUUUCUUCGGAUCAUGCAGAAGCGAAAGCUUGUCUUCUUGCCCUAACUUGGGCCUCAAAUAGGCAGAUUAAUCAAUUACGGAUUAAUACGGACUCAGCUGCUCUAGUUUCGUAUCUUUGUAUGGAAAGGGUAAGUGAUAUGUCGAUUGUAGGCUCUGGUUUGAUUCGUCGGGCCAAUUAUGCAGUUGGACACUUGGAUAGUCUUGUUUGUGCUCAAAUUUUAACUUUUGUCCUACAAUGUGCUUAA